GUUUAGAAAGUAGAAAUACAUAAUAAAGAUGCCGGCGUCACUUAAGAAUUAUGGUAACUGGAUGAUUCUAAAGAAGUUGGGCCAAGGAGGAUUUGGCGAGGUAUUGCACUGGCGCAAUAGCCAAACCGGCCAGGAGAUUGCCACGAAACGCCUCAAAGAUGGCUCCUCCUUGAGCACUGACGAGCGGUGUAAGCUCUUUGAUCGCUGGCGUCAAGAAUACAAUUGGACACGAAACCUUACGGAAAUGCCGUACAUAGUUCGUGGCAUUUUCCUGGACGACACAGAUCCUGCAUUCAUGAACUAUCUGAACAGUAACCAUGGCCACGAUUUGCCUGUAAUUGUCAUGGAAUAUUGCAAUGGUGGAGAUGUGCGACGACUUCUUCAACAGCCGGAGAAUGCGAAUGGCUUAAGCGAGUUUGAGGUGCGAGAAAUCCUUCGGUCGCUACGUUUGGCUCUCGAAUAUUUACACAGGCGCUACAGUAUCUGCCAUCGUGACCUUAAGCCGGAUAACAUUGUACUACACCGAGGUGAUAAUGGGAAAAGGCAAUAUAAAUUAACCGAUUUUGGUUUGGCCCGCCACAAUCAAAACUUGAAGACAUUGCAACAAAGCGUUGUUGGCACCAUUCAUUAUUAUGCGCCUGAAGUUGUCGAUACGGGGCGGUACAAUAACAAAGUAGACUACUGGUCUAUGGGCAUAAUUGCUUUUGAACUCUGUUGCGGCCGCUUGCCCUUCAUACCCCACUCCAGUCACUUCAACAUCAUAGUUAACGUAGGCAAAAAACCACGCGAAUGCAUUUCAAUAUCACAGGAUCCGGAUUCGACGUCCGAAAGUUUUAUAUUUCAUAAUGAAUUGCCCAAAGAACGGCACUUAACCGAAGUCAGAGCAAAAAAAAUGACCUACUGGCUUAGAUCCGCUCUAGAUGCCAAAUACCAAACGCGUGGCACGUUCCACAACGACGAUGAAAAGCCGGUAACUGAUGAGGUACAAACGCCAGCAAUAUUCGCCGAACUUGACAAGCUGCUUGAUUGCAAGGUCCUGACAGUGUUCGCAGCAUGCAGCUAUAAGUGCUUGGCCUAUGAAAUAACACCACAGCUCGCAACCAUAUCGGAUUUGCAGCAUCUAAUUGCCCGGGACACUGGCAUUGCGCAGGAAUCUGUGGUAUUAUUGCUGCCCACGGGGCAUCCCCAUAAACGUAUUACAGAACAGACACGUCCCGCUGAUCUGUUUGUGGACCAUUGGCAAGAUACUAGUGGUAGGUCCCGUAGUUCCAUACCGCCCGUAAUGAUCUAUGUCUUAGAUUUAAAUGGCACCUAUAAUUUCCCGGAGCCGAACCUCACACCGCUGAUGCGCCUGUUUAUGCCCCCGACGGCAAAGCGCCUAGAAACCUGGAUGUCCAAACAAUUGGCUCUUGAGGUUAAUUUUCUGCUCAGCGAGGAGCAGAGGAAAUUUAAAAUGCUUUUGCUGUCCUUAAGGGACCACGUCCUGACACUGGAGGAUGCUCUGCUCACCUUUAAGCCGCACAUUGAAGCGCUGAAUGCCCAGAAGCUGAAAUUUAUGGGUGCUAUAGAUUAUUUCCGUGCAUUGCAAAAUGCCGGACAUGAGUUUUUUUUAAAGAUGUAUCAAAACAAUGCGCCUGGACUGUCGAAUUGGGAAACGAAAUGGGUGAAUUUCUCAUCCGCUUGGAAUGUGAUACGUGAUUCCAUCGAUAGAAUCAUCGCACGCUUUGAAUCGGUGCUGCGAGACGUGCGCAAACACGUCGAUGACAAAAUAUGUGAUAAAAUGAUCAAUCAGGAUCUUUAUAAGGUGGAGAAGUUUCGUGCCACAUAUUUGAGGAGCUACGAACUGAAGGUGGUGGAGUUUCGUGAAAUUCUUAUCGCAUUUGCCGAAGAACGUAAUGAGGCUCUUAACAAUCAAUCUGUAAAAUACUUGCGCGAAAGCACCUUCGAGUUGUACCGACAAACCAUAAAAAUAAGUUAUACCAUCCAAAUGAUAAAGAACAAGUGGCCAGAUAUGGAAAACCAAUUCAUGGCACUUCAAUUGGAAGUGUGGAAGAACGCCGCCGACAAUUCCAGACGCGCCUCAAUCGCAGAAUUGAAUCACACAAUGGGAUCCCUCACUUUGGAUGAUUCUAGGGGUGAGAUUCCCACUUUCUUUGAUCCACAGACGCCUUCUUUGAUUGAUUCUGCGCUCAAAUUGAAAGAUCUUUUGGUAAAAGAAAUGGAAACUGACUAAAGCAAGCACCAAUUGAUAUAGAAUAUUUCUUUUAGAGUUAGGAGUCAGCAAACAGGGAUCAUUGCCAUAUAUUGGCGUCCUUUCUAAAAAAUUAGUCAUAAAUUGGUUAAUUUCACGUUUUUUCCAAAACCAAAGAAAACAUAACAAUUUUUUAAACUACUCGUAUAUAAUUAGAUAUUGAGCCUUUUUAUGACAUUCAUAAUUCGUUAAGAGUAUUUUAUAAUUAUUUCUAAUAUUUUUACUUAUCUGUUAAAGUAUGCGCCUUUGAAUACGUUGCAUGCCAGCUAUGAUCAAUGAUUUUGUUGAACAUAUUCUUCGAAAGAUUCAAGAAGAAUAAAUAUUACAUGUUAUAUUUUUACGUUAUUUAUUAUUUGUUGGACAUUAUUUGAAUUUAUUUUUAACAUAAAUAAAAACUGAGACAGAAUAUACUUUGUAUUCUUCGGAUCCGCCUUUUCUCCAUAUAUUACCGACGAGCUGCGGGAGUUAGAGAGGAAUAAGCAAGUUUCAGAACAACAGGGAAGCAAACAAGGAACAAAAU